UGACUCUUGACCUUCAUUUAAUUAUUAUCUCAUAAUUCUUUUUCACUCUCUGUAUAUCACGCACAUUCACAGACGGACUUAGACAGGCUGAGUAUAUUAGUUGUUCCCAUAAACACAAAAGGAUUUCAGUGGAUUCCCUGUUUUUUCUUUUAAUCUUAAAUAAAUAAAAUUCUCAAAAUUCUUGAAGAAUCACUAAACUAGUUAUGGAUACUGCAAUGCCAGACCAUGAUCCUCUCAAGAGAAGCUUUGGUGACAUGAUGAUCAACAACAACAGCUCUUCGAGCUGUCUUGCUAUGGAUACUUCCAAUGGUAUUUCUGAUCAUAAUGACACCACCCCACAAGGACUAGCUUCUGUUCUUAGUAAUCAUAAGGAGUUUUAUCCUAGAGGGUAUCAAUCAAAGGUUUUUGAGGUGGCUGAUAAGAGGAAUACAAUUGCUGUGCUGGAAACAGGAGCUGGAAAGACAAUGAUUGCUGUUAUGUUAAUUAAACAGAUUGGUCAAGCUGUCUUUUACAGUGGUGUUAAGAGAUUGAUUCUUUUCUUAGCCCCAACAGUUCAUCUUGUUAAUCAGCAAUAUGAAGUCAUUAAAUCUCAAACAAAUUUUAGAGUGGGAGAGUACUAUGGAGCUAAGGGAAUAGAUGAGUGGUCUCUGAAGUCCUGGGAGAAGGAAAUUGAUGAGCACGAUGUGUUGGUUAUGACACCCCAGAUCCUCUUGGAUGCCUUAAGAAAGGCAUUUUUGAAUCUAAAAAUGGUAUCCUUGUUAAUACUUGACGAGUGUCAUCGUUCCACCGGUAACCAUCCUUACAAGAAAAUUAUGAAGGAUUUCUAUCACAAAAUGGAGAAUAAGCCAAAGGUUUUUGGAAUGACAGCAUCUCCUGUAGUUAGAAAAGGUGUCUCGUCUGCCAUGGACUGUGAGGAUCAACUAGCAGAACUUGAGAGUGUAUUGGAUUCUCAGAUUUAUACUAUUGAAGACAGGGCAGAGGUGCAUGUCUAUGUUCCCUCUGCAAAAGAAUCAUGUAGAUUUUAUGACAAAGCAUGGUGUUCUUAUGUGGAGCUGAAAGAUAAGAUUGAAGCUUCACGGUCCAAGUUUGAUGCUUCAAUGUUAGCUUUGCAAGGCUCAAUACAAAGUUGUUACAAAGAUAUGGAUGACAAGCUUAAAGCAACGAGAAAGCAGUUGUCCAAGGACCACGUAAAGAUUUUGAAUUGCCUAGAAGAUCUUGGCCUCAUAUGUGCCUAUGAGGCCAUCAAGGUUUGUCUAGAGAAUGCCGGUAACCCCACUGGUGAAUGCAAAUUAUAUCAAGAAAUUUCUUUGCAGUGUAGAUAUUUCCUUGAGGAUGUGUUACAUAUAAUUGGUGAAUCUUUGCAGCAUGGUGAUAAUUUCUUUUUGGAUCAUGGGCUCGCCUGUUCAGCAGCAUUGGGUUUUGGCUACAUAUCCCCCAAACUACAUGAACUUCUCCAACUUUUUCUAUCAUUUGGAGAAGAUAGGGAAGUAUUGUGCCUCAUUUUUGUUGAAAGAAUUAUUACAGCGAAGGUGGUUGAAAGAUUUCUGAAGAAAUUUGAGGUUUUAGCACAUUUCACUGUUUCAUAUUUGACUGGAACUAAUGCAUCAGCUGAUGCACUGGCCCCAAAAAUGCAAAUGGAGACCUUGGAAUCAUUUCGCUCUGGGAAGGUCAAUCUAUUAUUUGCCACUGAUGUGGUGGAGGAGGGAAUUCAUGUGCCAAACUGCUCCUGUGUAAUACGUUUUGAUCUGCCUAAGACAGUCCGCAGUUAUGUCCAGUCUCGGGGACGAGCUCGACAAAAUAAUUCCCAAUUUAUCACCAUGCUUGAAAGGGGAAACACCAAACAACGGGAUCAGCUGUUUGAAAUUAUUAGAAGUGAGUGGUCAAUGACAGAUACAGCUAUAAAUAGAGAUCCUAAUGUAUGGAAUCUGAAAGCAUGUGCUUCAGAAGCAGCAAAGGCUUAUGUGGUGGAUGUGACAGGAGCAUCAGUAACUGCAGACUCUAGUGUUAGCCUCAUACAUCGAUAUUGUCAACAACUCCCUGGCGACAGGUACUACACGCCAAAGCCAACUUUUCAGUUUGAAGUUUUUGAACAGUCUUGCCACUGUGCAAUGAAACUACCUCCUAAUGCAGCUUUUCAAACAUUAGUUGGUCCAACAUGUAGGAAUCAACAAUUAGCAAAGCAGCUUGUAUGCUUGGAAGCAUGUAAGAAAUUACAUCAAAUGGGUGCUUUAGAUGAUCAUCUUCUGCCAUCAGUUGAAGAGCCUUCAGAAAUUGCUGUUGUUAAAAGCAAGUCAACAUCUGCAGGUGCAGGUUCAGGAACUACAAAAAGAAAGGAAUUGCAUGGGACAACUUGCAUUCGUGCGUUAUCUGGAAGUUGGGGAGAGAAACUUGAUGGAGCCACUUUUCAUGCAUACAAGUUUGACUUCUCUUGCUCCAUUGUCAGUGAGAUCUAUUCUGGAUUUAUUCUUCUCAUUGAGUCAAAGCUCGAUGAUGAUGUGGGAAACAUUGAGUUAGAUCUUUAUUUGGUUGCCAAGAUAGUCAAGUCUUCUAUUUCUUCAUGUGGAGUAGUUCACUUGGAUGCUGCGCAGAUGAUGAAAGCAAAACGGUUUCAAGAAUUCUUUUUCAAUGGCUUGUUUGGAAAGUUGUUUACUGGAUCUAAAUCAUCUAGGGAGUUCUUACUUCAGAAAGAAACAACAUCACUGUGGAGUCCCUCAAACAUGUAUCUGCUUCUACCACUAGAGCCAUGGAGCAUUUCCAGUAAUGAUUGGUGGAAAAUAGAUUGGAAGGGAAUUGAAGCUUGCUCAUCUGUGGUAGUAUACUUGAAGAACUCUUUUUUGGCUGCUCGGUCUUACAGUGGUGGAGGAAAUCCAUUACCUGAUAAUGUUCUGCCAUCCACCAAAGAAUGCAAUGGUACAAAUUUAAUCCACUUUGCUAAUGCUUUAGUCAACGUAGAGAACAUUAAAGAAAUGGUGGUACUGGCAAUCCACACGGGAAGAAUCUACUCCAUUGUUAAAGUCGUGAACGAUUCAUCUGCGGAGAGUGCUUUUGAGGGAAAUGCUGAUAAUGUGACAGAGUUUUCUACAUACAGAGAGUACUUCAACAAAAGGUACGGAAUUGUGCUGAUGCAUCCAGGACAGCCUCUGUUGCGGUUAAAGCAGAGCCAUAACCCACACAAUCAUCUUGUAAACUUUAACGAUGAAGGUGAUUCAAAAGAUGGCAUGGUUGGCAGAAAACAGCAGCAACAUGUGCAUAUGCCACCUGAGCUUUUGAUCAAGAUUGAUGUUCCUAUCAGUGUUGUAAAAUCAAUUUAUCUGAUGCCAUCGUUGAUGCACCGUCUUGAGUGCCUGAUGUUGGCCAGUCAACUUAGACAAGAGAUUGAUUGUCAUGCUCCUAAUGUUUACAUCCCAAGCUCAUUGAUUCUGGAAGCGAUAACUACACUUAGAUGCUGUGAAAGUUUUUCGAUGGAGCGACUGGAGUUGCUAGGGGACUCAGUUCUAAAGUAUGCUGUCAGCUGCCACCUAUUUUUAAAAUAUCCCAAUAAACAUGAAGGCCAGUUAUCUUCAUGGCGCUCAGGGGCUGUUUGUAAUUCAACCCUACAUAAAUUGGGAACAGAUUGUAAAGUACAGGGAUAUAUACUAGACAGUCCAUUUGAUCCCCGUCGUUGGACUGCUCCUGGACAGAAAUCUGUUCGAACUCCUGUUCCUUGCAAAUGUGGGGUUGAUACUUUAGAAGUACCAUUGGAUCGUAAGUUCCAAACCGAAAGCGCAACUGUUAAGGUUGGAAGACCUUGUGAUUCAGGCCACCGAUGGAUGGGUUCCAAAACCAUAUCAGAUUGUGUUGAAUCUGUCAUAGGGGCAUACUAUGUCAGUGGUGGAUUGAUUGCUGCAAUUCAUGUGAUGAAGUGGUUUGGCAUUAAUGUUGAACUUGAUCCUUCACUAAUAAGUGAAGCAAUUACGAGUGCAUCUCUACGAUCUUAUAUCCCUAAAGAAGAUGAGAUUAAGAGUCUAGAGUCAAAGCUUGGGUAUACCUUUGGUGUCAAGUUUGUCUUGCAGGAGGCCAUGACUCAUGCAUCUAUGCAAGAACAGGGUGUUACAUACUGUUACCAGAGGCUUGAAUUUCUUGGUGAUUCUGUAUUGGACUUGCUUAUAACAUGGCAUCUCUAUCAGAGCCACACAGAUGUUGAUCCUGGCGAGCUGACAGACUUGCGUUCAGCUUCUGUUAACAAUGAUAAUUUUGCUCAAGUUGCUGUUAAACAAAACCUAUAUACCCAUCUUUUUCAUUGUUCUACACUCCUUCAAAGUCAAAUAACAGAAUAUGUAAAUUCUUUUCAUGAAUCUAAUCAAGGCACAAAGGCUCCCAAGGCUCUUGGAGACCUGAUUGAAAGCAUUGCAGGGGCAUUAUUAAUCGAUACAGAGCUCAAUCUCGAUGGUGUGUGGAGAAUAUUCAAGCCCUUGUUAUCUCCAAUUGUAACCCCUGAAAAACUUGAGCUGCCUCCACUGCGUGAACUUGUUGAAUUAUGUGACUCUAUAGGGGUUUUUGUAAAAGAAAAAUGUACCAAGAAAGCUGAGAUGGUUCACGCCCAGCUUUGGGUACAGCUGGACAGCGAGCUCUUGUCUGGAGAGGGGUACGAGAAGAACAGGAAAGCAGCUAAAGGAAAAGCAGCUUCUUGUUUGUUGAAGAAGCUCCAGAAAAGAGGCAUCGUAUACUCACGUGGAGGUUCAAAGAGGAGGAAACAGGACACUGACCCUGUUGUUGAUUCAAGUUCCCUUGGCUUCUUAGAAAAUGAAGAUUUUUCUGGAAAAACAAAGCCAAAAAAGCAGAAAAUAGAAAACCAAGUUCCCAGAGAUUCAAAUACAGAUUGUUCCUCUGCCAUCAGUCCUAGUCAUGGUCCCCCAGUUAUUGAGUCGAUUAACAAGAAGAAAGGAGGACCUCGUACUAGUCUUUAUGAUCUCUGUAAGAAAGUUCAAUGGACAAUGCCUACAUUUGACACAAGAGAAACGAAAUCCAGAACUGCAAUUGAAUUUGGUGAAGGCCCUGAUAAAAGGAAGGGAUUUAACAGUUAUGUAUCAAAAAUCAUCAUGAACAUACCUUCGUAUGGCGUUGUUGAAUGUGCGGGAGAGGCUAGUGCUGAUAAGAAGACCUCAUAUGACUCUGCGGCACUUGCAAUGCUUAAUGAGCUUGAAAAACGGGGACAGCUCAUCAUUGAUGAAUCAAAAUAAAUCUUGCAGCUGUGGUAUAGAUUACCACUCUAAUUUUGGGGAAGCAAGGUGGUGAGUUUCUAUUUCUGAUUUGGAACAGAGCAACUAGGAGGAAAGUAGUGACUAACAGCUAGAAGUGGUGCUGUAAGCGUAGGAUCAAUCCUCUUUGUCUCUUACUAAGCCUGGCAAUCUCUUAUAUAGUUUGGGAAUUACACGGGAAACCAAAUAUGUUGGAUAUUAUACAGGAACUCCAUUGGUUCAAAUCUAAAUCUAACAUCCUCCCUUUUAUUUUCA